AUGUCCGUGAAAAAGGCCUCAACUGUUGGUGCGAAGGCAACCAAAGCUGCCAGUCAGAAAAAGGAUGAGAAAACCCUUCAAAAGCCUCCAGGACAACUGGAGCUAACUGAGGCUGAGCUGAAGGAGGAAAUCACAAGGACAUUGACUACAAACAACCCACAUGCUCCCCAAAAUAUUGUCCGCUACAGCUUCAAGGAACGUUCGUACAAGCCUGUCCUUGUUAUGGAUCAGAAAGCUGUUCACUUUGAGAUGGAGGGCAACCUCGUUUAUCAAGACUCGGAUGAAGCUCGAAGACUUGAGGGCCUCCCUGAGGAGACUGUGAAAGCCAGCACUGAGGCACAUCCUGAUGAGGAGAAACCAGAUACCCCGGUUACACCUGCCUCCAAAGCUGACAAGGAGCCAAAAGUUAGAAGCCAGUUCAACUUCAGUGAAAUGGCUUCCCAGACCCUCAAUAACCCAAUGAGGGAAAUAAGCUGCCAGACUGAACCUCCUCAACGCUGCACCUUCUCUGCCAACGCUAAUCAGUGGGAGAUCUAUGAUGCAUAUGUGGAGGAGCUGCAGAAACAAGAAAAAAAUAAAGAGAAGCAGAAAACCAUCCAGUUAAAGGAAGAUGUUGACAAAAGCAAGAAGAAGAUGAUGCUGACGGAAACUCAGAAUGAUGACAUCAACAAAUUGGCCAAGGCAGCCAAGAUCAUUGAACGAAUGCUCCACCAGAAUAGAUUUGAUGACAUAGAACAAGAUUUCAAAUACUUUGAAGAUCCAUCUGAUGAGUUUAGGGGCCAACAGGGGACUAUUCUCCCUCUGUGGGAAUUCCACUAUGACGAAAUCAAAAAACUGUCUGUCACUGCCCUCUGCUGGAAUAGAAAAUAUCCAGAUCUUUUUUCCGUGGGACUGGGAUCAUACAACUUCACCAAACAGGGGCGUGGCAUGCUUGUCUUCUAUUCAUUGAAGAACUCUACCUUCCCAGAGUACAUCUACCCCACCAGUUCCAGCGUCCUGUGUCUCGACAUCCAUGAGCAGCGUUCUUACCUGGUGGCAGUAGGCUUCUAUGACGGCUGUGUGGCUGUCUAUAACCUGAAAAGGGAGGGACAAGAGCCAGUGUAUAAGAGCACAGCUAAGACUGGCAAGCACACAGACCCUGUCUGGCAGGUGUGCUGGCAAAAUGAUGACAUGGAAAAUAACCACAAUUUCUAUUCUGUGUCAUCUGAUGGCAGAGUUGUGUCCUGGACACUCAUCAAGCACGAGCUGCGUUUUACCGACGUUAUCACACUGUCACUGAAUGCUGAGGACAAGCCAAGCGCACAGCAGGCAAGCACAGCCUGUGGAACAUCUAUGGAUUUCCAUAAACAGAUUGACUAUCUCUUCCUCGUUGGCACAGAACAGGGGAAAAUACACAAGUGCAAGACUUACUCAAGACAGUACCUGGAGACCUACGCUGCCCACGACAUGCCAGUGGACACUGUCAAAUGGAACUACUUCCACCCAAACGUUUUCAUCUCCUGCAGUUCAGACUGGACAGUCAAGAUCUGGGAUCACACCAUAAACACUCCAAUUUUCACCUUUGACCUGAAAGCAGCUGUUGGUGAUGUAGCCUGGGCUCCAUACUCCUCCACUGUAUUUGCUGCUGUCACCACAGAUGGAACAGUCCAUGUUUUUGACCUCAACAUCAACAAGGAUGAGCCCAUCUGCCAGCAGGCGGUGAUGGCCAAACAUAGGCUGACUCACAUUGAGUUUAAUCCCAUCCAUCCUAUCAUCAUCGUGGGCGAUGACCGAGGCGAUGUCGCCAGCUACAAACUCUCCCCUAACCUCCGCAAGAAACAGAAGAUGAAGAAGGGCCAGGACCAGCCUAAAGGUCCAGAAGUGGAAGUGGCCAAGAUGGAGAAGCUCCUCAGUCUGAUGAGGACUGAUUAG